GUGGUGAGUCGCGUUCCGCGGAGCCCGAGGCGGCGGCAGCGUCAGUCCCGAGGCCCGUGACGGGGCGGCGGCUGCGCGUGGAUUCCUUGAAUUAGUAGAACUCAGAAGAGAGGGCAGCAUGGCUUCGGAGUCAGAGAGUUUGAACCCCAGCGCCCGCAUCAUGACCUUCUAUCCCACCAUGGAGGAAUUCCGCACCUUCAGCCGCUACAUUGCUUACAUUGAAUCCCAAGGAGCCCAUCGAGCUGGGCUGGCCAAGGUGGUUCCUCCCAAGGAAUGGAAGCCCCGAUCGAGCUAUGAUGACAUUGAUGACCUGGUCAUUCCAGCCCCCAUCCAGCAGGUGGUGACUGGACAGUCUGGCCUUUUUACCCAGUACAACAUCCAGAAGAAGGCCAUGACUGUGCGGGAGUUUCGAAGGAUAGCAAAUAGCGACAAAUACUGUACCCCACGAUAUAAUGCCUUUGAAGAACUUGAGCGAAAAUACUGGAAAAAUCUAACAUUCAACCCUCCUAUUUAUGGUGCUGAUGUGAAUGGAACACUAUAUGAAAAGCAUGUAGAUGAAUGGAACAUUGGACGCUUAAACACCAUCCUGGAUGUCGUGGAGAAUGAGAGCGGCAUCACCAUUGAGGGUGUCAACACUCCCUACCUCUACUUUGGCAUGUGGAAGACCUCUUUCGCCUGGCACACAGAAGACAUGGACCUGUAUAGCAUCAACUACCUGCACUUUGGUGAGCCCAAGUCCUGGUACUCCAUUCCCCCAGAGCAUGGCAAACGUCUGGAGCGGCUGGCCAAAGGUUUCUUCCCAGGAAGUGCCCAAAGCUGUGAGGCUUUUCUCCGCCAUAAAAUGACCUUGAUUUCCCCUUCAAUCCUGAAGAAGUAUGGCAUUCCCUUUGAUAAGGUGACUCAGGAGGCUGGACAGUUCAUGAUCACCUUUCCCUAUGGCUACCAUGCUGGCUUUAACCAUGGGUUUAACUGUGCUGAAUCUACCAACUUUGCCACCCUCCGUUGGAUCGAGUAUGGCAAGCAGUCUGUUCUGUGCUCUUGCCGGAAGGAUAUGGUGAAGAUAUCCAUGGAUGUGUUUGUACGGAAGUUCCAACCUGAGCGGUACAAACUCUGGAAGGCAGGCAAAGACGCCCCUGUCAUUGACCACACUCUGCCCACUCCUGAGGCAGCUGAGUUCCACAAGGAGGAGCAGCAAGAGUGCCCAGAGGAAACUCUGGAUAGCAAUGGGGACCCAGCUGGUGAGGAAGCCAAGAAAAGCCCCACCAGGCAUCGGAUUGGAGCCAAGAGGCACCGAGUGUGUCUGGAGGUGCCUCAGGAGGUGAGCCAGAGCGAGGCUUUUGCCCAGAGAGAACCUUAUGAGAUGGAUGGGGAGCAGGUGGCCUUUCCUUCUGGGAAGCCCUGCCCAGGCUUGGUAUCACCUCUGCGAGCUGAGAAUGGUGCCCUCGCUUCGACAGGCCUCACUGGGCUUUUGCUUUCAGAUUAUCCAGACUCCACUGAAGUCAAAUUUGAAGAACUCAAGAAUGUUAAAUUGGAAGAUGAAGAGGAGGAGGAGGAGGAAGCAGCAGCUUUGGACCUCUCUCUAUCUGGCACUGCAAGCCAGGCCUCCAAAAAGAGCCGAACUCGUUCUGAGACUCGAUCUCAUCGAACUCGCCGGGCCCUGGCUGCCCAUAGCUGUGCCCAGGAUGAUGAUUCAGAACAAGAACUCUCCGAGGCUGCAGAAGAGGAGAAUCAGAAGGCCAAGGGUCGCCGGCAACCCUUGAGCAAACUUCCACGGCAUCACCCACUUGUAGCCCAAGAGUGCGGCAGUGACGAUGAGACUGUUGAACCACUGACCCCAGAGGAAGAGGCUGAAGAGACAGAAGCAUGGGCCAAACCCCUGAGUCAGCUCUGGCAGAAUCGACCCCUGAACUUCGAGGCAGAAAGGGCAUAUAAUGAGAGCAUGGCUCAGCAGCCUCCACACUGCGCGGUCUGUUUGAUUUUUCAAACCUACCAUCAGGCUGAGGGAGGAGGCCACAACCAGAGUUGGACAGGUGGAUCUGACACAGAGCCAGGGAGACGCAGAACCAAGCCUCUGAUUCCUGAGAUGUGCUUCACUGCAACAGGUUGUAGCACCGACCUCAGCCUUUCUACCCCCUACCUGGAGGAAGAUGGCACCAGCAUCCUGAUCACCUGCAGGAAAUGCCGUGUCUGUGUCCACGCUAGCUGUUAUGGAGUCUCCCCCGAGCAGGCCUCAGAUGACUGGAUGUGCUCUCGGUGCGCAGCCAACGCUUUAGAGGAGGGUUGCUGUCUGUGCUCGUUGCGAGGAGGAGCCCUUCAGAGAGCCAAUGACGAUAGGUGGGUCCACGUGAUGUGCGCCAUCGCAGUCCUGGAAGCCAAGUUUGUCAACAUUGCUGAGCGCAGCCCAGUAGACCUGAGCAAAAUCCCUCUUCUCCGCUUCAGGCUGAAAUGCGUCUUUUGUAAGAAGCGGAGGAAGAGGGUGGCCGGCUGCUGUGUCCAGUGCUCCCAUGGCCGCUGCCCAACCUCCUUCCAUGUGAGCUGUGCCCAGGCCGCGGGGGUCAUGAUGCAGCCGGACGACUGGCCCUUUGUGGUCUUCAUCACCUGCUUUCGACACAAGGUUCCUUCUCAGGCAGAGCGUGCCAAGGGUGCCCUCCAGGACCUUUCUGCAGGCCAGACAGUCAUCAGCAAGCACAAGAACGGCCGCUUUUACCAGUGUGAGGUGGUCCAGCUUUCCACCGAGACCUUCUACGAAGUCAAUUUUGAUGAUGGCUCCUUCAGUGACAAUCUCUAUCCUGAGGACAUUGUGAGUCGUGACUGUCUGCAGUUGGGUCCUCCUGCUGGAGGGGAAGUGGUCCAAGUGCGAUGGACAGAUGGACAAGUCUAUGGAGCCACGUUCGUAGCUUCCCAUCCCAUCCAGAUGUACCAGGUAGAGUUUGAAGAUGGCUCCCAGCUCAUGGUGAAGAGGGAUGACGUUUACACGCUGGAUGAGGAGCUCCCCAAGAGAGUCAAGUCCCGGCUGUCAGUGGCAUCAGAUAUGCGCUUCACAGAAAUUUUCACAGAGAAGGACGUCGGGCAGGAAAAGAAACGGCAACGAGUGAUCAACUCCCGAUACCGAGAAGACUAUAUUGAGCCCUCGCUCUACCGGGCCAUCAUGGAGUAAGGGAGCAGGAGCCACACGGACCCAGCCUGGGAAGCGGGAGCACUCCAGGGCCCUGAGCCCCAGACACCCAUGGAACUCAGAGCAGUACUUGGAGAACUGAAAUUGUAAAAACUGAACGAAUGAGCUCUUCCUCCUCUGACCCAUUCCCUUCCCUGGUCCUCCUGCCGCACAUGGCCAUGGAGAAAGGAGGCUGAGCCCUGAGCCGGGCCCUGCGGCUAGCAGGAGCCCCCCCUGGAAGGGGCCGGGCCCUGCUGCUGGGGACUGGAGCUGGUGCUGUCCGCGCCCCCUGCACCCACGGGCGAGUGCAGUAGCCUGCUGGCCCUUGGCCAGGUGGAUGGACAGAUGGACGGAGCGAGGAACAGGCAGUAUUACUGGUGCUUGCCCCCCUCCCUCCUUUUUAUAUUUAUACAUGUGUAUGUUUGGUCUCCACCAGCUUCCGUUGGCUUCUGGCCGCAGCCCCCUAUGUUGGGGGGAGGCAGGCCAGAAAGAUUUACCUGAAGAAACUAAAUGUGAAGAGCUAUGCCCCUGUUUUGCCAACCUGGGACUAAGCUGGGCACUGGGAGCUCCUCCUCUCCCCUGGGGUGGGCUCAGGUUCUAGAAGCCCCAAGCUGGGGUGAGAUGGGGGCGAGCCCCCAAGGAGUCCCCUUACUCUCCUCUGGGUGGUGGAGUCUCCAGAUCCCCCUUCCUGGCCCUGCCCUCAGGCAGGCAGGCAGGCUGGGGGCUUCUUGGUACCCUGGAUGGCACAGUGAGGGGGCAUUUUAAUGAUGGUCAGUCAGGACCCCCUGCAGCAAGGGCAGAGGGAGGCUGCUGCUGCUGGGGGAUGCCUGGCAAGCAUUAAUUGUUGAAGCCGUCAAUCAUGCAGGGGCUUGGGGGAGGGCCAGGCAGCUUGGGAUGCCAUGAAUUUGCUGGGCGGGCUUGGGCUUCUGCCAGCCCCUUUCCCUGUGUGCAGGAGAACCAGGGAUUUGAUCUUUUGCCUUUUUGUUACACUCAAACGCUAUAAAACCAAAUUAUUUUGAAAA